GAACUCCUAACAUUAUCACUCUACCAAAGCAGCUCUUCAUUUCUAUAAAUAAUGCCUCUACCUCCAACAUCAAAGAACACAACUGGCUCUCUGUCUGGCUUUACGUAACUCUUUUCAUCUUCUUGCUAGAUCAAUAUCUUUGUUCAGUCCAUCACCAAACAUAUACACAAUAUACAUGGCUUCUCCAUCAGCAUCUCUUGUAUUCAAGGUACAAAGACGGGAGCCCGAACUAAUUAGUCCAGCUAAACCAACACCUCAUGAAUUUAAGUACCUAUCUGAUAUUGAUGAUCAAGAAGGUCUUCGUUUCCAAAUUCCUGUUUUUCAGUUCUAUCGAAAAAAUGAAGUUUCCUUGGCAAGUGGGAAAGACCCCGUGGAUGUCAUAAGGAAAGCAUUAGCCGAUUCUCUUGUUUUUUACUACCCGUUUGCUGGUAGGCUUAUAGAAGCACCUGGGAGGAAGUUAGUGGUAGAAUGCAAUGGCAAAGGUGUCAUGUUCAUUGAAGCUGAUGCAGAUGUGCGUCUUGACGAAUUCGGAGAUGCACUUCAACCACCUUUUCCUUGUCUGGAAGAGCUCAUUUUCGAUGUCCCAGGUUCCGGGGGUGUGCUAAAUUGCCCUCUCUUGUUGAUUCAGGUUACCCGAUUACUAUGUGGAGGAUUCAUUUUAGCCAUUCGGCUCAACCAUACCAUGAGUGAUGCUCAAGGUUUAGUACAAUUCAUGACAGCUCUAGGUGAAAUUGCUCGAGGUGCACUCGCCCCAUCAAUCUUACCCGUGUGGCAAAGACACAUCCUAAAUGCCCGAGAUCCCCCUCAACCCACAUUUGCGCAUCGCGAGUACGAUGUGGUACCAGAUACCAAAAACACUGUCAUCCCUCUAGAUGAUAUGGUACACCGUUCUUUCUUCUUUGGUCCCCAAGAAGUGGCCGCCCUUAGAAAACACGUGCCAUCUCAUAUUCAAUCGUGUUCCACCUUUGAAAUGCUCACCGCAUGUCUCUGGAGAUGUCGUACCAUUGCAAUCAGUCCAGAUCCCGAGGAAGAAGUUCGAAUGAUCUGCAUCGCGAACGUACGUGGGAAGUUCAAUCCACCAAUUCCGGAGGGAUUCUAUGGUAAUGCCUUUGCGUUUCCAGUGGCAAUAUCAACUGCAGAGAAAUUGAGCAAGAAUCCAUUAGGAUAUGCACUAGAGUUGGUAAAGAAAGCCAAGAGAGAAGUGACGGACGAGUACAUGCGUUCACUGGCUGAUCUUAUGGUGAAAAAUGGACGACCACAUUUUGCAGUUGUGCGAGCAUAUCUUGUUUCGGAUGUAACCCGUGCUGGGUUUGGAGAUGUGGAUUUCGGGUGGGGAAAAGCAGUGUAUGGUGGGCCAGCGAAAGGUGGUGUAGGAGCCAUACCUGGGGUAGCAAGCUUUUAUAUAUCAUUCAAGAACAACAAAGGAGAAGAUGGAAUUUUGGUGCCAGUUUGUUUGGGUGGACCAGCAAUGAAGAAAUUUGCGGUAGAGAUUGAAAAGUUGAUCAGUAAUGAACCAUCAGCUGAUUCCGAGGCUCCCGUAAAUUACAAGUUCAUCACAUCAGCACUCUAAUUAGGUCAUACUAGAGCACUUGCUGAUCCAGGAUUCGGACAAGAACAGUUCCAAUUUCCUUCGUUUCAGACUCCGAGACAUUAGGAUUUACGAGUGUGGCAUAGUAAAAUGAACUGUUAUAGACCCUUAAACUCCGGUUUGUGACCGGAUAGCAUUUUUUCGAAGUUAAUGUUUUCUUUCUCUCUGUUUUCCGUCUUUUAUGUCAAGCAUAAUGCAUGUAGAGUGGUAGUUCUUGUACGAAGAAGAAACUCGGUGCAAAAGUAUGUGAACGAAUAGCUUAUUCAAAUCAUUUUUAUUGUUAUA